AUGCAGGCCCUCAUCGUAGUGGCCCUCGCGGCUAUUUUCCAAUAUGCCCAAGCACAGGUGGCUGCUUAUGGGCAAUGUGGAGGCAGCGGCUACUCGGGAAGUACGAGUUGUACAAGUGGUUAUGCUUGUACUUCACAGAAUGCUUAUUACUACCAGUGCGUUCCGGGUAGUGCGACAAGCACUACAACUAGUAAAGCAACGUCAUCUAGUACGACCACUACCACAACCACUUCGAAAUCCACCACUCUAACUACAACAACGACAUCCAAAUCAACGGCCCAGAGUACAAGCCAAACAUCCACUUCCACAGGGUCCACUUGCACUGGUACAUUUAGCGCAAUUUCUGCUUCCAAUUUCGUCGCAAAACUUCACCCAGGCUGGAAUCUGGGCAAUACCUUGGAUGCCAUUCCGAAUGAGGGCUCCUGGAACAAUGCUGCGGUUGUUGCCUCAACAUUUGCGACAGUUCAAGACGCAGGAUUCAACGGGGUCCGAAUUCCAGUUACCUAUGCCUAUCACUUCACUGGGAGCUCGCCAGACUGGACUGUAGAUCCGGCCUGGCUGCAGCGUGUUUCCGACGUGGUUGAUAUGUCUACUUCAUUGGGGUUGUAUACUAUCGUCAACGUACAUCAUGACUCUUGGAUCUGGGCCGAUGUCACUGCAUCUGGCGCCAAUCUCACCAUGAUUGAAGAGAAAUUCUAUCGUCUUUGGUAUCAGAUUGGCACUAAAUUGGCCUGCAAGUCGAGUCUCGUUGCAUUUGAAUCGAUCAAUGAGCCUCCUUGUACCGAUUCCACUCAUGGAGCCGAGAUAAACAAACUAAAUAAAAUCUUCCUGCAGGCAAUUAAUGAUGCGGGGGGGUUUCAAUUCCCAGCGUGUGGUCAACCUUUGGUUUGUGGCGCCAUCUGGCUUUUCAAAUCCCUACGCUAUCCAGUUCCAUUACUACAGUCCUUGGGAAAAACUAUCUGGGGCUCCGAUGCCGACAAAGCCACCGUUUCAUCCGACUUCCAGCUUCUCCGAAACAACUUCACCGACGUUCCAAUUAUCUUGGGAGAGUAUGAUGCAUCUCCCACUAACACGGAGCCUGCAGGUCGGUGGAAAUACGUGGACGAGGUUGUUCUAUCGGCAUUAGGUUUGAACUUUGCUUGCAUUCUGUGGGAUAAUGGUCUUGACCAUCUAAAUCGCGAUACUGCAACUUGGAGAGACCCGAACUCAAUCUCGAUGAUCACAAAGUCGACUGCGAGCACUUCCAAUAGUCUACCUGACAGCACUGAAGAUGCUUCUGCCACCACUCAAUCCUCUUCGGCUUAUAUAUUCCACGAAUACGGCACUGAAGUGACACAACAGUCACUACCAUUCGUUUUUAAUGGAAACACCCUGUCUUCGAUUACGGACUCAGCCGGCUCAACCUUGACCUCAGGUACAGACUACUCAGUCUCGGGCUCUAAUAUCAUAUUCACAGCUUCCUAUCUAUCGAAACAUAUUACAUCAACAACUUCGCCAGGUAUCAUCGCCAAUCUGACGUUGAAGUUCUCUGGUGGCGACUCUUCCCCGGUUGUGCAGCUUGUUCAAUGGAAGACACCGACACUAUCCUCAAAGACUGCGGUUGCUUCAUCCGUAUCUGGAUCGGAUCUUUCUAUUCCCAUUACUUGGGGUGGGCUUCCAAGAAUUGCGGCAGUCAAAGCAUUGACUACAAGUGGUACAUAUCUGGUCGAUGAUUGGACUGUCUACUUGGGGCCUCUCCAGCAAGCAAGAACGACUUAUAGCAGCCAGUACAAUUGGGAUUCUUCCAAUGUUAUCCUUACAUCCUCUGCUAUCAGCUCGGUUAUAUCUGCUGGUGUGACAACGGUGUUUACCUUUGAGUUCUUCCCCAGAGAUAACGGUGUGGUGAAUGCAGUCAACUUCACUUUGACGGUUUGA